GAUUACGCCCGGUUGGUAUGAGCCGCAUGAACAUGUGUGUGCCCUUGAGUUACUCCUUGGGAGCCUGCCCUAACGCAUCAUAUGAAACAGAAGGUUUUUAAGAUUGACGCUGACAUAUUUUUGACUAGCUUGCCCCUCACGAGUCAUCCGAUUUUACAGUGUUUGGAUACAGCUCCUGGCACGACUACACUGGAUCUUUGAACGCAAAUUUGUUUGAAGGCCGAGGACCGCUCUCGGGUCUCAGCCAAUCGGGCAUGUUUCCAUCAGGCGAAGCCACGAUCGCUUGGAGCAGUUAGCCAUUAAGUUAUUCCCGGCCUCCGCGUUGUGGCGGCAAUUCGCCGGCGAUGGGGGUUUCGGUCUCUCUGCUGCUGAGUGCCGGCAGCAUCUCCUUUGUGGGCGCCGUGUGUUUUGCAGCUGGUUACCUUUUGUCCGCUCACUCUAUCCGUGCCCCCAAUCAUUCCGACGACGAUGACGAUGACGAUAAUGAAAAUCUGAAGAAGAGGAGCAUUAAAGGUGCACAGAGGCUUCUCUUCUAUAUCCAAGAUGUGGUCCGGGGAAAGGCUGGUGACAAGAGGAACACAGACGCGAUGAAGGUGGUGGCUCAGAAAAGCAAGUAUAAGAAGCCUACUCUCCUUGAGAUAGAAAGCCUCGCGGAAAUCCUCCAAGACUUCAAAAUGGUGCUUGUUGUUAGAAACGAUUUGAAGAUGGGAAAAGGGAAGAUUGCUGCUCAGUGCAGCCAUGCAACUUUGGGCUUGUAUAAAAAACUCCAUAACAGAGCACCCAAAACUUUAAACAGGUGGGAAAUGUGUGGACAGGUUAAGGUGGUUUUGAGAAUUGAAAGUGAGGAAGAUAUGCUUGUUUUACAGGAAAGAGCAAAAUCCUUGAAGCUGCCAACCCAUAUAACCAUUGAUGCCGGAAGGACUCAAAUUGCACCGAAUUCAAGGACAGUGAUGGCCAUUCUUGGACCUGCUGAUGUGGUUGAUGAUGUAACCGGUGGAUUAAAGCUUUUGUAGCAUGGCAUUCAAGAGUAAACAUCUCAAUCUGAUCACUAAAGGGAACGUUUUAAAAUCUGAUCUGAAGUUUAAUGCCGGGUGCUCAUAAAAGUCACCAUAGAAUUUGAUUCUUACUAUCAACAAACCGACAGUAUCGGGGUAUCUAAUUUGUUAUAUUCUGGAAUUUGUAAAAUUAGAUCUCAUUCAAACGAAUUUCAGGCAUGCCUUCCUGGCUUAUCCUUAACAGGAUCAAGGGGCCGAGCUGAUUAUUGGUAUGCCAUCAUCAUUUUUUCAAACUUUUUUCAAUAUCAAGAUGAAAUUUUUUUUAAUCAUUGCAAAUACUUUA